AUGUUGUUUUCCAAAUCUGUCUUUGCUUUAAUAGCAGCCACUAUCUCCUCAGCCGCUGCCAAACAAGUGGCAUUGUACUGGGGCCAAAACGGUGCCCUUGGUCAAGAAAGAUUGAGCUACUACUGUCAAGAACAAGAUGUCGAUAUCAUCCUCUUGUCAUUUUUGAACGACUUCCCAGACCCAACCAACGUCAACUUUGCCAACCAAUGUGGCGCUACCUUUGACUCUGGUUUAUUGCACUGCUCACAAAUUGGUGAAGAUAUCAAAGGAUGUCAGGCAGCUGGUAAGAAAGUCAUCUUGUCCCUCGGUGGUGCCGCUGGUAACUAUGGCUUCACCGAUGGCCAAGAGGCCACCGACUAUGCUGAAACCCUUUGGAACAAAUUCGGUCCAACUGGCUCAGACGACGAAAGACCAUUUGACGAUGCAGUUGUUGAUGGUUUCGACUUUGAUAUCGAACUUGGAACCGAUGUUGGAUACCCACAAUUGGCAACCGCAUUGAGAUCCAAAUUCGCAUCAGACAGCUCGAAAUCAUACUACUUGUCAGCAGCUCCACAAUGCCCAUACCCUGACGCUCUCUUGGACGACUUGUUCAAUCAAGUCUCCCUUGACUAUGCAUUCAUUCAAUUCUACAACAACCCAUGUUCAAUCGAUGGCCAAUUCAAUUUCGAAAACUGGUCACAACAUGCUGAAUCAUUCCCAAACCCAAACAUUGAAUUGUUUGUUGGUGUCCCAGCAACUGACAACAUUGCAGGAUACGCUACCCCAUCCCAAUUAGCCUCAGCCAUUGACGAUAUCAAAUGUGACCCUCGUUUUGGAGGUGUCUCUCUUUGGGACGCAUCAGGUGCUUGGAAAAACACCAAUAGUGAUGGCCAAAACUUUGUUGAACAAGUUAAACAAGUCUUGGACGAACACACUUGUUCUGCAUCAUCCUCUUCUUCUUCUUCUUCUUCAGAAACAUCCACUGUUGAAUCAACUAGUGAAUCUUCUGUUCCUGCCGAGCCAACCGAUGAGACCGAGUCUGCCGUCCCAACCAGUGAUGCGUCAUCUUCUUCUUCAUCAUCAUCUUCUUCUUCAUCUUCAUCAAGUGUUGUGUCAUCAACCGGUUACUACAACUCUACCAUCCCACAAUCUUCAUCCACUAUUGAAAGCACCGCUAUCGACACUACUUCCUCCUCCUCAUCAUCAUCAUCCGUUGCUGCUAUUACUACUACUACUGAUGCUGCUUCUGCUUCUGUUGACCCUACCGGUUCCACCUCUGCUUCAUCAGAAGGCGACCACCACAAAGAUGUCUCUGCUUCUACUCAAGGUGGAUUGAGCACUGUUACCGAUAUCAGCAAAACCAUUGUUACCAUCACCUCAUGUGAAAACCACGUAUGUACCAAGGUCCCAGUCGAGACUGGUGUUGUUGUUGUUACCGACAUUGACACCGUCUACACUACAUACUGUCCAUUAACUGCUUCUGAAGUUGUUAUUCCUGUAAAGACAAAGACCGUUGCUGAAUCAUCUGCCACAACCGAAGCUUCAGCUGUUGCUCCAACCAAAGGUGCUGAAUCAUCUGUUCCAGCUGUCACUAUCCCAUCAUCUUCUAUUGCUGGUCCAGCUUCAACCAAGACCCCAGUUGUCGUUGAAUCUACUUCAGUUUGGGCUUCAGUAGUUGCUCCAUCAAGCGGUGCUCCAGCAGCUAGUGAAGCUUCAACUGAAUAUUACACUGUUGUCAUUACAUCUACAGUGAAUGCAGAAAGCACAGCUCCUGCUGCAACCUCUCCUGUUUCUGCUGCUCCAGCUGCUCCAAGCAUUGUUCAAUACACUAAUGGUACUACCAAUGGAACCGCUCCAAUUAACACACCAGUGCCAAGUGCUUACGAAGGUGCUGCUAACUCCAAUGGUGUUACAUUGUGGUUAACUGUUCCACUCAUGUUUGUUGCUGCCUUGAUGUAA